CCGGGAAACAAGGAAGUGUUGUCCGAAAGACACAGGGCCGAGUCUGGUUUUCCUCCGGAGAGGACUCGCUAAAUUCAUUCCACGCUGAAAAAGAGAAGCCCAACUGAAAGAAGACACGGACAGCUUUAGUAUUUGAUCAUUUAUUCAUGAAAAUGGGUUUAAAUGGUGCGAUUUCGCUUUCCUUUCUACACUAUUUACUAAUCUGCGUCACUUUGAGCAGCGGGAUAUUUGCAAAAUCAUCCAAGAGACCUAACAUUGUUUUGAUCCUCACCGACGACUUGGACAUUGCUAUCGGGGGUCUCAGUCCACUCACCAAGACGAAAAAACUGAUCGGUGAUGCAGGAAUAUCAUUUACAAACGCAUUUGUGGCCAGCCCGCUGUGCUGCCCGAGUCGCGCGAGCAUCCUGACGGGGAAAUACCCGCACAACCACCAUGUCAUCAACAACACGCUGGAGGGAAACUGCAGCAGCAAAGCCUGGCAGAAGAGUGAGGAGAUGCACACCUUCCCCGCCCUGCUGAGGAUGUACGGAGGCUACCAGACCUUCUUCGCCGGGAAAUAUCUGAACCAGUAUGGGCACUCGGAGGCUGGGGGAGUGGAGCAUGUUCCUCCAGGCUGGAACUACUGGGUCGGACUGGAGAAGAACUCUAAAUACUACAACUACACUCUGUCAGUGAACGGGAAGGCUGAGAAACACGGAGCCGAGUACAGCAAAGACUACCUGACAGACGUCCUGGCCAACAGGUCUCUGGACUUCCUUCAGUAUAAGUCAAACUACCAGCCGUUCUUCAUGAUGGUGUCCAUCCCGGCCCCCCACUCCCCGUGGACAGCGGCCCCUCAGUACCAGAACAGCUUCAAAAACACCAAGGCUCCCAGAGACCCCAACUUCAACGUCCACGGGAAGGACAAACACUGGCUGAUCCGACAGGCUAAAACUCCGAUGACCAACUCCUCUGUGCAGUUUCUGGACGAUGCCUUCAGGAAACGUUGGAGGACUCUGCUGUCAGUGGAUGACCUGGUGGAGAAGAUCGUGAAAAGUUUGGAGGUCAGAGCUGAACUGGACAAUACGUACAUCUUCUUUACCUCUGACAACGGAUACCACACAGGUCAGUUCUCUCUUCCUCUGGAUAAGAGGCAGCUCUACGAGUUUGACAUCAAAGUUCCUCUCAUGGUCAGAGGACCGAAUAUCAAACCCAACCAGACCAGCCAGAUGCUGGUGGCCAACGUGGACCUCGGUCCGACCAUGCUGGAUAUCAGCGGCUACAACGUCAACAAGACGCAGAUGGACGGCAUGUCCUUCCUGCCCGUUAUGGAGGGGAGGGUGAACAGCAGCAGCUGGAGGACAGACAUCCUGGUGGAGUAUGAGGGGGAGGGGAGCAACGUCUCCGACCCCGCCUGCCCCCUGCUGGGACCCGGAGUGUCGGAGUGUUUCCCAGACUGUGUGUGUGAGGACUCGUACAACAACACUUACGCGUGUGUGCGCACGGUCGCCGCCUCCUCAAACCUGCAGUACUGCGAGUUUGACGAUAAUGAGGUGUUUGUAGAAGUUUACAAUGUGACAGCAGACCCCUACCAGCUGACCAACAUCGCAAAUAGCAUCGAAAAGGAGGUGCUGGAGAAGAUGAACCACCGGCUGAUGAUGCUGCAGUCCUGCUCCGGACAGUCCUGUCGGACACCCGGUGUCUACGAUUCCAGGUAUAAAUUUGACCCGCGACAGAUGUUUCCGAACCACAGCUGGCGGCUCAGCAGACUCCGACAGAAGAGGAAGUGAGGAGGAGACGAAGGAAGGAUGGAGGGAGAAAAAGGAGGGCUGGAUAGUUUUUAGUAUCCAGCCUCCUGCUGUUGUUGCCUUGUUUCAGGCCUGAGCGGUCUGUGUGUGGAUGGAUGGAGAAGGGAUCAGGUGGGAGUGGAGGAGGCCGAAGAGGCCUCUGUGGGUGCAACCCCCCCCUUUACAAGCCUCCAGGUUGGGCUGCUGUUUGCUGAGUUUGUCGGUAGGUGUGCAGGGAAAUUACUCAGUGUUGAUUUAUACUCACAAGCCAUUAAUCCUUGUCGUCUUGUUAGCAUUAUUACGUCUGUCGUAUUUGUUUCAAACCUUCGAGCCCCGUUGAGAUGAUAAUAUAAAAGAUGCAAACGGCAGUAAGGUCACGUUUCAAUAGUGAACAGGGUGUGGUUUGCUGCAUUCUGAUGAUCCUCAAGAAUUUGUCAAAUUUAAAUAUAAAUCACCGGGUUGCACUCAAUAGGCUUAAAAGUAAUGUAAAAAUAAUAAAAGAAACACAUAAUAUAAAACAGCACUGUGGUCACCUGACAAUGUCAAUGAGGAGCAACCAACUGCAGCAAAAUAAAUCCAGUUAGUUAAGGUACGACCAAAAUCUAACAUUUAUAAUCAGAGAAAUGACAGUCAUUCUGCAAAAAUAAACUAUACAAGAGGGUAAGACCUUGAACUCUCACCUGUCAAUAAUGUUGGCUUGAAUAGAUGUGCGGAGGUGACGGAGAAAAUAUACUGAGCAUGCGAAAGGAUAUUAAACAGAAAGGAAAAGAUCAUGUUAAAGUAAGAAAAUGAAGAUAACUGAGAGCCACCUACAGAGACGUUCACAAACAGUCCCACAGAAACACAUCUCACAGAAACGAGUGCCUACAUUUACAAUCCAUCUAUCACUUCCACAUAAAAAGCUAUGUAACAGACAAUAAGACUGAAUAAUUAUCAUGCACCGAAGGAUGACAGCAUGUGACGGUGGCUUAAACGAAAACUCUACACCAAUUUCUAUGUCGGUCACACAAAGUCAUGACGUUUUAUGAGAGUAAAAUAGUCUAAAGGACCACUUCUGUCUUUUAAAGCAUUUCCUACACCGUUUUCAGCAUCAGACUCGCAUUCAAGUACAUCACCUAAUUUCAUUGUUAAAGCACCUUGUUUUUCAUCCAAAAAUUUCAAAUGAUUUUUCCUUUAUUUUUUAUUUCCUAUUUGGAUUUAAUUCAUCCUGUGUUGUAUAUUUCAUAUUCACUUUAUUUAUGUCACAACUGUCACUUUAAAUGGGCAGAAAAGUACAUUUCUACUAUCUACUUCUAGUAUUCUGUAUUGCAUUUCACUGAGCCAAGUUUCAAACAUUGGUUAAGGAAAAAUGAUUGAAUUCCUAGAAAAAAAAGGUAAAACUUUGACAAUAACCAGUGUUCCUAUUUUAGGUUAUUUUGUUUUGUUUAUGUUUCUAACAAGACUUCUGUUUUUUUUUUGUAGAAGGCGCUGACUUAAGUUUAUUUCCAUCAUACAUUACACACAGUAAAUAUUCUGUGGUGAAAUCAAAUUUGAUUUCCAGAGGCUGAAUAAAUGAUAAAUGGAAGCUACUUACAGAAAGUGUUUUUGGCGAUACAUUCUUGUUAAUAAAGAUCAAAUUUGUUCAGAUUACUAGCACCUAACCAAAGAUCUGGGGAUCGAAGGGAAAUCUAUCAGAAAGUCUCGUCAGAUCUGCAGAUGUUCUUUGUAAACGACUGACUCUUUGUGUGUUUAUUUCAAUUGUGAUUUGUUUUCCUGACUGGCAAGCAGACAGAGCGGCUGUUAAAAUGUGUUCCUCUGCUACUGGAGUUAUUAUUCAUGUGAUAGUAAUAAUAAUAAUUAUAUCAUUCUGUUCAUACAGCUGUUUCCUGCUCUGUAUCUGAUUCACAUCUGGACUGAAUUAAUGUGAGAACCCGCGCUCCACAUGUGGUUAUAUUUCACUGAUGCACUUUCCAAUCUGUCAGAACUCUUUUUUGGAACCGUUAGUUUUAUUUUAUUAAAUAUUUUUGUAGAGUAGCUUUUUAUGAUUGUGUAUUUUCGGCUUGAUUGUGUGUCCAAAUAAAGAGAUUCUCAAAAUAC